AGCAGCGGCAGCAGCAGCAGUCUGUUCAGCGGAGAAGCACCGAGACAAACCGGACCAUGUUGAUGUAAAAUCCUCCUUUUUGCCGCUGAUUGUUGUGUGACUGACCACAGCCGGAGGUGAUUAGGGGACGUCCCGGUGCCAAGAGUGUAUGUGUGUGUGUGCAGCUAUGGGGAAGGACUACUACAAGACCCUGGGCAUCCCCAAGGGCUCCAACGAGGAGGAGAUCAAGAAGGCCUACCGUCGCAUGGCGCUGCGCUUCCACCCUGACAAGAACAAAGAUGCCAACGCAGAGGAGAAGUUCAAGGAGAUCGCAGAAGCCUACGAGGUUCUCAGCGACCCCAAGAAGAGGGUCGUCUACGAUCAGCUGGGAGAGGAAGGUUUGAAGACAGGAGGCAGCACUUCUUCAGGUGUUCCUGGUAACACAACACACCACUACACCUUCCAUGGGGACCCUCAUGCCACCUUCGCCUCCUUCUUUGGCGGCUCCAACCCCUUCGACAUGUUCUUUGGGUCCAACCGCAACCACAGUCGCACCAACGGCUUCUCCUUCCACAAUGACCACAGCAACGAUGCAGAGCAGGACAUGGACAUGGAUGACGACGACCCCUUCACUCAUUUUGGAAGACAGUUUGGCUUCCCAGGGGGGAUGAAAAAUGGCUUUCCUGGGGAGAAGAGCCACAGAAGAAGGGGGAUGCCGUCAGAGUCCCUAUCUAACGGCCGGAAGCACCAAGACCCUCCAGUGGUCCAUGAGCUGAAGGUCUCGCUGGAAGAAAUCUUCCACGGCUGCACCAAGCGCAUGAAGAUCACCCGCCGCAGGCUGAACCCGGACGGGCGCAGCAUGAGAACAGAGGACAAGAUCCUUAAUAUCAUCAUCAAGAAAGGCUGGAAGGAGGGGACCAAGAUCACCUUCCCGAAGGAGGGGGACGAGACACCUGAGAACAUUCCUGCUGACAUAGCCUUUGUUCUUAAAGACAAGGGUCACGCUCACUUCAAGAGAGACGGUUCCAAUAUCAUUUAUAGCUGCAAGAUCAGUCUAAAAGAGGCAUUGUGUGGCUGUUCCGUUAGCAUUCCCACCCUGGAGAACCGCGUCAUCUCCCUUCCCUGCAAUGACAUCAUCAAGCCGGGGACGGUGAAGCGAAUCAGAGGGGAGGGUUUGCCUUUCCCCAAGAACCCGUUACAGCGCGGUGACCUCAUCGUGGAGUUUUCGGUGCGUUUCCCCGACAGGAUCCCGCAUCAGUCCAGAGAGAUUAUCAGACAGCACCUCCCCCAGUCAUAGAAGGACUGACCUCUGACCCCUUCACUGUCCCGCACUCUUUAACAGCCCGAAACCCGCCCGUUCAACCACUCUUCCCUGAUAUUUUGACCCUUAGUUUUAGUGUCUUCUGUUAACGCACACGGUGUUAAAGAGACGCCAUGCUGCGUCGGGACUUCAGGAGUGGAAGGACGAUGGAAGAACGCCAGCACCAGAGGCAGUGUGACGAUGAAUUUAUUUGUGUUUGUUUUGUCUCCCGGCCAAAGCACACACUCCCCGGAGCAGCGGAGAUGCUGAGGACGAGCUCGACACAAAUCGCGCUGCUUCUUUUCUUAACUGUUUUUUACAGAUCAAUCCGUGUCAGGUUUUAUAUGACACCCGAACUCUCUCCCAUCCUCGUCUUUUUGUGAUAGGAUGGAAGUGUGAGUGCUUUUGUUUUGUUUUGUUGUUUUUCUAAAGAAAGAAAACAUGUUUCUUUUCUAGACUGCUUUCAAAGAUGAUUAUUUAUUUUUACUUUGAUGCGUACCAGCAGGUUUAAUGUGUUGAGUGCAAACCCCGGUUUUAACAUAACUCUCCCACUGCCACCUGCUUUUCUACAAGCUCUCAUUUCAAUAAAAGGAUUGCUCUCCGUCGGCCAUUUUACCCUCACGAUAAGCAUCCAGCUUAAACAAUACAAGCCAAUCUCGGCUGCUUAAUAAAUAAUCUGAGAAUGACAAUCACACAAUGAAACAGCAGUGUAAACUUGGAUUAUACAGCCUGCACAUAAUAUGGGUGCUUCCCCUUUUCUGAGCUUAAUAAUCUGGCUCCAUAUGUGAGGAACAUUUAGGUGCCUUAGCUUUGUAUCACACCACACAUGUCAAUCUAUACGUUACUGUAUGUGAGCAAGGACACAUUUCAGGGGGUGAUCUGAUACAACACUGGUGAUUUAUUCCCCCCCCCCACCAUUACACUACAUCCUUGCAAAGUGCCGUACAAAAAUACAGGUUGGAUUUGUGUGUUAAAGCUAAUCUGCUUCCUCCUGUGCCAUCUGAAGGCCAUGUCGUGGUGCUAUACUGAGAGCAGUGCCAAAAAUAGACCACAAUGGUGUCUACUUAUCGGUUUUAAUGCACUUCUCUCUCUCUCUCUCUGUAACAUCUGUACAUCAAAUGUAUAUCUUUUUUUUGUCAUUCUUUCAAGUAGAAACCCAUUUUUAGGGAAGAAUAAUAAUAGUGCAGCAGUUCUCUGCCUCAACUGCAGGGGACUCUGAAAGCUCCCUUUUUACUGUACCUGACAGUGAUAAGGUGUGUGUGUGUGUGUGUGUGUGUGUGUGUGUGAGAGAGACAGACAGAGAGAGUAUGGUUGAUGCAGACAGCCACUGUCGGUUAUAUAAUGUAUAUCACAUAUGGGAACAUGUUUUAAUGCAAAAUGUCGGGGGGAAAAAAAUGCACUUUUUAUGUCGUUAAAGAAACUGUGUGUGAAUGUCCUGCCUCGCAGAGCCACAGAGGACAAAUGUCCCCAGUGUGGCUGAAACCUGACUGCACAUAAUGCUGCUGCUGCUGCUGCUGCUGCUGCUGCUGCUGUUGCUGCUGAAAGACUCACUGUCACUGGUUAUGUGCAUCUGACAAUAUUUAUUAUCUUUUCAAGGUGGAAACCAAUAAACCAAAUGUGUGAAGUUUAA